AUGGCAUCUCGGGAGGCCAAGUGGAACGUGGGCGCAGCUGUUCUGACUUGUGCUUGGCCCAAAGAGGCCGAGGUGAUUAGCAUUCCAAACUCCGGCACGUUGCCGGCGCACCUUCUACUGGAAUACAGCCAGGUGCGUUGUAGGCCAAUUCAUAGCAUGAGCUUCUUGUCCAGGAGCGAGUACGACCGCGGUGUCAACACCUUCUCGCCCGAAGGCCGACUCUUCCAGGUCGAGUAUGCCAUCGAAGCCAUCAAGCUCGGCUCCACAGCAAUUGGCGUCUGCACGAAGGAAGGCGUCAUCCUGGUCGUCGAGAAGAGGGUGACUUCUCCGCUGGUGGAUCCCUCUUCCAUCGAGAAGCUCCUAGAGAUUGACUAUCACAUGGGCUGUGCCAUGAGCGGCCUCACCGCAGAUGCCCGCACCCUCGUUGACCAUGCCAGGGUGGAAGCGCAGGCGCAUUGGUUCACGUACGACGAGCGCAUGCCGAUUGAAAGCAAUGUUAAUGCCAUCGCCGACAUGGCAUUGGACUUUAGCGACUCCGACAAGAAGAAGAAAACGAUGAGCCGUCCGUUCGGAGUGGCACUUCUGGUGGCGGGCGUCGACCCGUGGGACGGUCCCGUGCUCUUCAACACGGAUCCAUCAGGGACUUUCACGAAGUAUGCUGCGUGCGCGAUUGGGAGCGCCCAAGAGGGCGCUACGAGCAUGCUGCAGGAGCAGUACAACAAGGAUAUGACAUUGAAGGAGGCAGAGAUCUUGGCCUUGACGACGCUCCGCCAGGUCAUGGAGGAGAAGCUGAGUAAAGUGAACAUCGAGGUUGGGGUGGUUCCAACGUCCACUGGAAAGUUCCGCUGCUACAAUGCCGAGGAGUUGGAAGAUGUGAUCUCGCGCCUGCCAGCGCCAACCGUGCCGACGCUGCAGACAGCAACGGCGGCACCAGGUCGAGGUGAUCUCUCAUACGGACCGUGA